ACGUGCUUCGCCGCAGGCCCUAUUUUAGGUACCUGAGUGGACAGCCCUGUCAUGACAGGUAACGCUCUGGGCACAUAGUACAGUUAGACACUAAGGUCACUUUAUUACAGUAAUCAGUCAUGGAGUAGGACGACGCUGCUAAGGUAAGAUGCAGCUGUAGUGUCAACUUUUUAAACUAGUGUUUAUAUAAUUUUACAGCAUGUUUUAUCAGUAAAUUAUCAGAUUACUAAAUACAAAAGGUGAACCAAUCUGUCGAGUUUUCUAUUAAACAUUUAUUGAUAUAUUCAUACGGUAAUCAUCGACUUUCAAGGCGGUUAGGAUAAUGUGACAAGUAAAUAAGAAUAGAAUUAGACCUUUUGCAGCUGGUAACAUUAUCCUGUUUAUAAAUAAGUCGUGCCUGGAUGUAGCAGAAAUGAUCAUACGUGGUUAAAAAUGGGAAAUAUACUGUUAGGUUCACUGGCUAACCUGGAUAAUUUUGGAAGUUUGGAGAGAAUUGCAUGAUUUAGGCAAAAUUGCUUAAAUGGAAAACAAGUCACAUAAGAGAAUAUAUCCAGUUCAACUAUUUUGUCCAAAAAUCCCCCAAAUACUUAGUUGAGUGACUAAAUUCCUGUUUUGUUUUGUUUAUUUUUUUAAUUCAUGAAUUGCCAGAGGGGAGCGACAUGUGAUACUCAACCCAUACGGCACAAAAGGAGUUACUCCACAUGUAGAAAUCUUGAGGUUCACAUUGAUUAAUAGAUUAUUCCUGGUAUAAGGUGUCUUUUUCUCUAGAACAUUUUUAUUUUAUUUUUUUUAAAUGUUAGGGUACGGCAGCUGUUUGAAUCAAAAUAAUACUUUGUGUUUACAUCUAUCAUUCAAGAUACCUAUCAUGAACCAAAAUAACUACAUUACUACCACAGCCGUCUUCAAACCACGACUGAUAUGAUAUAUGCAACCAGCUUUUUUAGAAAAGAGGGUACAGCACCGUGUUAGCUCAAAACCUCUGCCAUCCACCAGCUGACAAAUGAUUCAGGAACUUUUAAUUUAUUAACAGUUAGAGGGCACAGAUUUGACACCAUUGCUAUAGAAUGUAGGAAAUCUCUGUAUUUUCUCUCGAUUGACCUUGUCAAAGUCACCUUUCUGUACGUGCCUCUGCUUGAUUUAUCUCUGUAAAAAGAUUGGGAGACGUGCGGUAAUUUCUCUGACUAAUCGCACAGAGGGAAUAUUUUAUAGCAGGUGUGUUUGGCGGAGUUUUACCAGUAAACAUAAAUAGUGUUUAUAGAUACAAUGCCAUGAAGUCAAAUGAUUUACUAAUAUUGAGCUGGGGGCAUUUAGUACAUAAGCUACAAGACAGACACGGGAUGAACAAUGCAUGGUUAUGUUUAUUAAGUGAUAUUUAAUUAUAAAGAACUUAAUUCAAUAUAUGAGCAUUGGUGAAAGUUUGCGAACCCUUUAGAAUUAUCUGUUACUUGGCCUCAAGUCUGAUCUGAUCUCCAUCUAGGUCCUAUUGAUAGGUAAAGGGAAUAGAGGUCAAAUAAAAUGGAAGAUAGAGAUGUUUUAAGAUGGUGGGGCGCUGCCCCUGACUUAUUGGAUUCUUAACCCUAUGUAAUCUACCACUAACCCAAUGACACUGUGCUUUGUUUAAAACCAUAAACCUAGAGUUACAUGUAUUUUGGGGGUAAAAAACAUUGUAAAGAGGUUCAGCUCUGUAUUGUCCUGUCUUUUAAUGACUGUCACUUUGUAACAGCAUCAGUAGGGCUGUUACCCAAUGAGAGUCCUACAAGACAGGACAACACAGAGGUCGGUCUUAUUAGGGCAUUCAGGAUUGGAUGCCCCAUACAAAGCCAAUUGGUGAUGUCAAAAUGUUUAAUUUACAAAAAUGUCUUCACAUGAGUAGUUGCUCAGUCUCACAUCCCCAUCUCCAGUCACCAUUAAAGGGUAAAUGGAAACUAUAGAAGUAACUAUGACAGAGACAACAUGUGUUUUUUUUUAACGCAUACUUAUCAUUAGAGAUGUCGCGAACCGUCCGCAAACUUCUCGCGAACGGUUCGCCGCGGUUCGCAGCGAACUCCGGUCAGCUGACACAUCCCGGCCAAUCUCCAGCAGACCCUCCCUCCCAGACCCUCCUACUUCCUGGACAGCAUCUAUGUUGAAGGCAGCUUCAACAUGGAUGCUGUCCAGGAAGUAGGAGGGUCUGGGAGGGAGGGUCUGCUAGAGAUUGUCCGGGAUGUGUCAGCUGACCGGAGUUCGCCGCGAACAGUUCGCCACGAACCGUUCGCGAGAAGUUUGCGGACGGUUCGCGACAUCUCUACUUAUCAUUAGUCCUUACCACACCAAUAUAUUAGGUGUUUUUCUAGGUGGGGGAUUGGGGGACCCCACCUACCUCUGUUCACAAGCCUCCACAGGUGAAAUAAAUAAUGCAGAUAAAAAUAUAUUGCAUUGGUAAGUUUGUACAAUAUAUUGACCCAAUGUGAACCCAUAGAGAUAGUAAAUUGUGGAAUCUCCUUUUGGAGAAAGAUUUCAAUUGCAUAUUUUCUAUCAGUCUUACACAUAGCUUGAUGGUAUUUGUGUCCAUUUCUCAAAUUGUUGGCAAGUUGGGCAUAUUUGUUUUAGAUGUAUAUUUGUCCAAUGAAUUGCAUUGACUAAUUUUUAAUUCUGGUCUGUCGUACAGUACAUAGACUGAUUACAAUAGAUCAUGCCACUAUAUUCCAAUUAAAUUAAGGUAAGAACAUAUCUUCAGUUAGUCCAAAAUUGUAUUUUUAUGGUUUAAUCACUGGGUGGCUUGUUUGUACGACUAAUGCAUUUAAAGGCCACAUGUUUUACACAUUUCAAGCACCCACAGGAUAAUGUCAGAUGGGCACCCUGAAUCCAACAUUUAUUAGUCAAGCAGGGAUUGCAAGCCAUCUGGGUCCUGAGAUCAUGAAGUGGACCCAAGUAAUGCUACUUCCACCACCGUACAUUAUGGCUGAGAUGAGGUUCUUUGCUUUAAACGUGGUACAUAGUUAAUGUCAAAACAUACUUGAGGUAUCCAUUAUCCCAUGCUAUUACCACCCCAUUCUAUUUAAAAGGAUGUAGCUCGAGGUAUAAUGUAAGACAUGGCCUAGUUAUGACGUGUGUAUUGUGUUUGAAGUGAUACAUUGUCCAUUGCUUGAAGCAGUGCUUUUCCCAUUCCACCCACAGUGGUUGUGAGGUAUGCUUCUGUUCCCAACACAAUUCAUCAUCAAUGACUGAGAAGCACAGAGAGAGAUUGUAACCAGUUGCCUUUAGUUGAAAUGUGCUAGUUACGUUAAAAUAUACCUAAGGAAAUUUACCCACAGAAAGUAAUCCAUAAAUUGUUUCUAAAAGUUGCUUCAUAUGCUUCUAUGUUCUACUGCAGAGGUGGGGAAAAAGGUAGAUCUCCAACUUUGAUACUUACCACUCUCAACAUGCAUGAUCAGUCUUAAGGAUAACAGAGCAUCAUGGAUCAUUUGUAGUUCCAUGACAACUAGGGCCUUGUACAGUGUCUGUGUGUUUUUAUCAAUUUUAGUCUUUCGACCAGGGUGCAGAAGGAAGAUACUUAAUAAAUAUAUUUACAGGAAAUGUGUAGGGCAACUGUGUAGGUCAUAUAAGGAGGGGGUGUCCUGGAGCUGAAGGGGCAUGAUUGAUACAACAAAACCUCCUUUAAACUAAAGUUGUUUUGGUGCUUAUAGUGUCAAUUUAAAAUAUACUGCAGUGAGCAAUCAGAUAAAUCUAUUUCUGCUGAAAGUACACUGAACACUUUGUAACCAACAAAUUGUAUGUAUUUGUCCCUUUUACAGUGAUGGAUAACUUUGAAUAUAGUAUCCAGAUCAGUGACCGUGAUUGGGCAGAAUUCUACUCUACAGCAGAGGAAUGUGGCUUGAUGCAAGUGUCUCUGGCAGCAGAGGAGGAACUUUUAUUCAGUGACCCAGAGCAUGAUGAUAAUACAAGCAAACCCAAGUUUAUCCGAGUCAGUCUUUGUCCUCCAAAGGAAGAGCAUCCAGCUGUACAGAGCACACCUACAGGACUGUCAACCAGUGACCACGCAUGCUACAAGAGGACAGAAUUAAGUGAAGAUGUAGUGCUCUCUGGCAGUGAAGACGAGGAAGAUUUUGGGUCUGUUUCUAGGUUUCUUUGUCAGAGGGAGGCUCUCUUGUACAAAGGGAAGAAUGCGGAAUCUAGUGAAUACAUUCCAGUUACAAAUAAAGCAGAUAAUCAUUAUAUAGCCAAGCCAAAUUUGGAACAAUCUGAGGAUGACGGCUUAGUAGACCAGAUAAAAUCUUUGAAUUGGUUUAGAAAACAACAAUAUGAAGGAGAAAUAAUGUAUAGCCCAUCCCAAACUUUUAUACAGAGAAAUAAUAUUCCUUUAAUUGGGGAUGAAGAUGAAAAUAUAGGGCAAUAUAGCAAAACGUGUGUACCAUCUGUACAGACCGAUGUUCUUUCCAGGACCAUGGAAAGCAUGGAGGCAUCUGCGCUUCAACACAAGACUGAUGACUCAUUAGAUGGUGAUAGGCAUCCCUUAAUAAAUGGUCAUGGGUUUCAUCUUCCAGAAGGAACCCAAGAUGGGAAAAUAAAGGGAUGUGCGUUUUCGAUCUGUCCUGUUAUAUCCCCUGUCACUUCUGAACUAGUGAAAAGCAAGAGUUUUACAGGAUGUUUUGGCGAUAGGGGUGAAAUACAAGUUACACAAUAUUUAACUGUAAAUGAAAAUCAAGAACAAUAUGGACAUGUAAAUACAGGAAAACAUAUUGAGGAGCAUAGUGACUCCAGUAAGCACGGGGAUAUUAUGGAAGAUAAUGGUCAUAAAAUAUGUGUUGGCCUAGGAGUAGACACUGAUCUACAGACUGCAUCUAAAGCCAGGUUACAUUCCUCAGCUGUGAAGCAGAAUGUCCCAGAUCCACCUACUGGGUUGUUCACUUUGUUAGAAAGUGUGGAGUCCACUAAAACUUCUAGCAAUAAUGGAACAACAAAUGAGUUUGACACUGGAUUCCAAAGGGUCUGUACUUCCAGUUCUAGAAUGCUACCAAACAACCAUGUGCCCAGUAGUUCUACAGAGAAAAACAAACACCAUGAGAAACCUACUGUAAAGCUCAGGUCAAUGUGCCAAAAGGACACUGCCCUCACCACUCCUGAAAUGUAUGAUUUUUUCUUUGGUGAAAUUUCAGAAACCGCAGACAUGGACACAAAACCUGAAACUCAAGGUGCGCAGCAUGAAGACGUUAUGUAUACACCCUCUAUGUAUGAAUAUUUUUUUCUUGAAAGCAAAGGUGAAGGUGAUGGAAAUAAGUUGGAAGAUAAGAAGUAUGAAAAAGAUGAGCCAAGUACAGAUUUUGUCUUAAUGUCACCAGAACGACCAGAGAUUCAUCCAUCUUCAGGGGAUUUCUGCACGCCUGAUGCCUAUGAGUUCUUCUUUGCUGAUGGAGAAGGUGAGCAGAGCAAUAAAGAGAAUGUGCUCAGUGGACCCGUUUACCAUGCACAGAGUGCUGCUGUGGCUUCUCUCCAAUCCUUCCUUCCACAACGGCUGUGCAAUGUAAGAAAAGGGUUCACCAUAAGAGGCUCCCGUUACAGAACAGACAGAGAUGGACAGCUCUUAGUAACCAGAAGACUUGGGACAACUGAAGACAGCGCUGUAGCCCUGACUGGUAAGAAAGAAACAAUGUAAAAAAAGCAUGUUUUUAUAUACUCCAUUAAUCCAAUACUUCGGGGAUAGGCAAGCUAAAAUCCUAUUCUGCUGAACGCCAACUACCAUAACUCCUGACUACUCACACAUUGCCUAACUGAAUAAUACAAUAUGAUACUAUAAUACUAUAUUGCUUUACUUACAUGCGUACGAAUUCUGUACAAUUUGUUGCAGGCUCUCAGGCCCUUCGAAUACCUGCUGGCACGGGUGACGCAUGCUUGGUGCUUCUGGCCUUUGCAUCUUGGGCUGUGAAAUCUUCAGACUUGCAGUCGUCAGAUGGUUGGAAAACAGGUCUGUGCAAUUUGUUACUGGCCCCAUCUUCAUACCUGUACUAUUCGCAGUUAUUGACCACAAUACACUCCACUCUUGCAUUACCUACUAUUACUGACCACAACCUCCAGACCCUGUUUUACCCAGUGUUACAGACAGCCAACAUCCACCCCUCUUUAACCAGUGUUAUAGACCCCCAACCUUCACCCUGCUUUACCCAACAUUACAGACCCCCAAAGCCAAACCUGUUACAGACCACCAAAGCCCAACCUCCUUUACCCCAUAUUACAGAUCCGAUCUUUCAGCCCACUUUACCCAGUGUUACAGACCCCCCAACCUCCACCCUGCUUUACAGACCACAACCUUCAGCCUUCUUUACCCAGCAUUACAGACCCCCAAUGUUCAACCCGUUUUACCCCUUGUUACAGACUCCCCCAACCUCCAAAAAAGGGGACAGAUAAAUGAGAAUGUUACAGUGCAAAUAGUGCAGGCAAGCCACUGAAAAAUGGGAAAACACUCCAUGAAUCCCUCUGAUAAAAGCCAAGUGUAAAACUGUAUAAAAACACAAGUGCAAAUACACAGGUGAAAAUACAGUGCAGGGCGCCACAGGCACAAUAUAUAUAGUGGUUAUCGUUACCAACAAUGUUAAAUUGGAGAUCAAACUCACAUAUUAUUAUUAUUAUUAUUAUGAUAUUUAUAGAGCGCCGUCAAAUUCCGCAGCGCUUUACAAUGGGUGGACGAACAGACAUGUAGUUGUAACCAGACCAGUUGGACACACAGGAACAGAGGGGUUGAGGGCCCUGCUCAAUGAGCUUACAUGCCAGAGGAAGUGGGGUAAAAUGACACAAAAAGGUAAGGAUAUACAUAUAAGAGAUAAAUAAAAAGAUCAUAAUGCAAAACUUUAAUAUACACAGAUAAAAGAAAAUUGGGAACACUCACAAAUAAAGUAGCACAAUUGAAAUGAAUCAAUAUGUGCACAAGUGCUUGUAGCCUCAAAAUAGGCUUAAUCCCCAGGAUUAACAGUCAGCUGGUGAAGUAGCACUUCCUUCUCAAAUAGUCAGGAAGCACAGAGUCCAGAUCUCAGGUACUGCUGGGCUGGAGUCCUUCUGGGGUAAUGCUCAACGCGUUUCGUCUAAUUCUCGACUUCCUCAGGAGCUUGUAAAACCCUGCUUUAACCAAGCAUUACAGACCCCCAAUGUCCAACCUGCUUUACCCCGUGUGACAGACUCCCCAACCCCCACCCUGCUUUACCAGCAUUACAGACCCCAACUUUCAGCCUACUUUACCCAGCAUUACAGACCCCCAAUACCCAACCAGUUUUAACCCGUAUUACAGACCCCCCAACUUCCACCUUGCUUUACCCAGUGUUAGAGACCCCCCUACCCCCUACCCCCACCCUGCUUUACCAGCAUUACAGACCCCAACUUUCAGCUUACUUUACCCAGCAUUACAGACCCCCAAUACCCAACCAGUUGUAACCCGUAUUACAGACCCCCCAACCUCCACCUUGCUUUACCCAGUGUUAGAGACCUCCAGUCCCCAACCUGCUUUACCCCAUGUUACAGACCCCCCCUACCCCCACCCUGCUUUACCCAGCGUUAGAGACCUCCAAUACCCAACCUGCUUUACCUCAUGUUACAGACCACUAACCUCCACCCCGCUUUACCCAGUGUUACAGACCACUAACCUCCACCCCGCUUUACCCAGUGUUACAGACCACUAACCUCUACCAUGUUUUACCCAGUGUUACAGACCACUAACCUCUACCAUGUUUUAUCCAGUGUUACAGAUCCCUUAACUUUUAGCCUAGUUUACCCAGCAUUACAGACCACCAAUCCACAACCUGCUUUACCCCGUGUUACAGACCACCAACCUCCAGCCUGCUUUACCCAGUGUUACAGACAAUUUUUAUAGCAUCAUGCACUUUUAUGCAGUGGAAAAAUGUGGGAUCACCUUAUCUGUGCAAAUAUAGCAGGGAAAAAGUAUACCCAUCCAUACACCCUGGUAGUGAUUCAGACAGUGAUAAUGGGGGCUCGGCGUGUACAUAGAUCAAUAUAAGGAGGUCCUUGCACCAGAAAAAUGAUAAUUUCAUAAAAGGCAUGAGAAGGAAAUUCUGUGUUCUAGAUAUCUAGAUAGCAUUGGGGUUUUUUUAGAUUUGAAUUACUUUAGGCAGGUAGAGCCAAGGACGCUGUAGUCAUGAGAACAACUACAGCUUACUUACUUUGAUCUGAUGAGUAUACUCAUUCUCUUCAGGCAACACUGUCUUUUUAGAGAAAAUGCAGUGUUUACAUUACAGCAUAGGGAUAACUCCACUGGCCACUCCUCAGAUAGCUCUUAGAGGUGCUUUCCUAGGCCACUGCCAUUCGGUGUCUCCACUCUCUGCAUGGAGAAACUGAACUUUUUUCGUAAAGCUGCAUUGAUUCAAUGUUUCUCUAUGAGGAGAUGCUGAUUGGCCAGGGCUGUGUUUGACUCAUGCUGGUUUUGCCCCUGAUCUGCCUCCUUAACAAGCUCAGCCAAUCCAAUUAUUUCCUAUGUGAAAGCAUCGUGAUUGGCUUUGAAUAACACUUCUGAUGAUUUCAGCCAAGCAACUGAUCAGGGCAGAGACAGCAGCAGCAGACUGGAACAAAAGGAAGAUUUUACUAUAUUUAGGGGAGAAAGGAGGUGCCAGGGGGGCUAGAUGGUGUUUUUAACACUCUAGGCUCAAGAAUACAUGUUUGUGUUCUGGACCCUAUAGAGUUCCUUUAAGUAAAAUUAAAAAGUAUAUUUGCAUUUAGCUUGAGUACAGUUUUUGCAUAACAUUAAAUGCUUCUUAACCAGGAAUUGUGUGAUUGUUCUUGAAAGUUGUGGUAUGUUAGAACCGUUACUGAAUGCCAGCUUACUACACUGCCGUAAUAUGUUAAAGUGAACCUGCCCGCGUCAAAUCAUUAUCCCAGUCUCAAGCAAGGGGCAGAGGAGUGAAGUGUAAAAUGACAAGGAGUCAGAUACCUUUUAGAGAGUGCGCAUUCUGACAGGUCAGUGGCCUCUUUCAACAGGAUAAUUCACCCUUCCACAAUGCAAAAAAUGGUUUGAGGGACACAACAAAGAGUUCAGAAUGUUGCCUUGGCCUCCAAAUUCCCCAAAUCUGAAUACAAUUGAGGAUCUGUGGGAGGUGCUGGAACAACAAAUCCUAUUCAUGGAGGCCCCACCUCGCAACUUGCAGGACUUAAAUGCUCAUAUCACAGGACACACUCAAAGGUCUUGUAGAGUCUAUGCCUCAAUCCAGCAGACCUGUUCUGCUAGCACGAAGAGGGGUGGGGGGUGAACUACAAAAUAUUAUUAAUAAUAUUAGUUCAUGAACUUGCUAUAACCUGUAUAAACAUCUUUUUUUGAAGUGAUAUUUUUAAUUUUAUUUUUGUGAACUAUUUUUGUUCAAUGUGAUUUAUAUUAGAAUUGCUGGACAGUUGUAUAGUAAUCAUUAAUAGUUGUUUACAGGAGUUGUUCUAAUUAUGUGUCGUUUUUAUCUUCCAGCACUGUUGGCCAACAUUGGAGCUGUCUCUGCCAUUCGAUAUUUACGAAGAAAUUCUAGAAGGUGCUUGCAGGAAUCUCCCUCGCCAUCGGGAGAAGGACCCUGAUGUAAACAUGUUUUGUUACUUCCUAAGGAUCAUGAGCUAGGUGAUCCCAGGUCCAAUGGGAUUCAGCAUUAGGAUGGCUUUUGCAUGUCGAUAUGUCUUUAUAGCUCUUGAACCAUUCGAUGAACUAGUACAAUGCUACUAUAAGUUGAAUGUCUCCUCAUAACGUAGACACAGAGUUACUACAAACAAGGAAUCCACAGUUACUGGACAAACCCAGGAAACAAAGAGUGUUCUAAAGGUACAGAACGUGAGUUAGAUGGCUAUGCUCAUGUAGUGAAAAGUGACACCAGAAACAAGUUAAAUGGAGUUAACUAAUGAGUUCCUUAAAAAAGCAAAGGACUGGAAGUCAGACUUUAUGGAAAUUUGAAAGAUCUUGUUAUGAUAUUAGGAUCAAUUUGUUAUUAACAUCUCGUCCUACUGUAUUUAUGUUGUGUAUUCAAUAAAGAACGCGGCAACCGACACCUGGAGGCUCAGUAGGAAUUUAGUGAAAACAGAAGUGAAUUAUAUAUUGCAAUGUUUACGCCAUAAGAGAAGCCAUGGCAUUUAAUAAAUCAUCCCUGAUUUACAUCCUGGUGGCCAGACUGGACCUAACAUUAUUGUGUCUCCACUUAUCUUGUAAUUCCUGAUUCUCAUCUGCUGCCAAAGCUAAGUGUAAAGAGUCAUAAAGUAGGAAUCAUAAAUCUCUGCUCUGUGGUUAGGCACCAGAUGUACCUUAACAAAGCAAGCCUGUUUUGUAAGGUGUUUAUGUCUUUUAUUUAAAAACAAGGUUGUUCCGUGAAGUUGAGCUGCUGAGAUGGCACUUUGCAUGAG